AGUAGGAGGAGGGAUGCCUAGUGGAGGGAGAAAUUAGGGCGGACUGUGGGGGGUUGGGUUAUCUAUACAAAAGUUCUUAAAACUACACAAUAGAAGCUUGGGCAGAUAUACCAAACCUGUUAACACAUUUAGUGUUGAGGAAUGAAAGUAAAUGACUGUAAAUUCAACUGAUUACGAAUGGUAAAAACUACAUUACCCAUCAGGCUAUGCGGUAUCCCGGUGACCAAUAAUAUCUCGGGUUUCAAAGGUUCUUCUCUUACUCAGGUCGCACAUGCUCAGAACGCGUUUCAACAGAGGAGGGCAGUUUAAAGGUAGUAACUAAAGCCUGUAGUUAUGGUUACAGUGCGAGGCUGCUUAUGGGCUAAUGGCUUGCACCACACUACAACCGGAGGCUGAAUAUUGAGCCAGUAGGAAGGAAUAUCUUGGAAUAUCAUUAUAACGUGCUGCAGUGCACAUCGCUUUGAACAGAGCUGGGGGGAAUCCGACAAUACACUGCACGGCUUGAUACAUACCUUGCAGUUGUUAAACGUAUGCAAAUCUACUGCACAACAACGCAAGUGUUGGUUGGUUUCAGUCUGCGCUGUGGGUGAGGUCAGCAGUGUCCGACAAAGAAAGGACUGAUAAAAAAUAUAAUUAUUCAUGACGGAAAACGUAAUAUUUGGUAGUUUUAAGAUGAUGGAUCGACCGGUGAUCUCCCCACUCAAUAUCCACCCUACAGCCCCUGAGACAUUCUCUGUGCUGCAGCAGAGAAUCUGUGUGGCAGAAGAGCAGACAGAAUCAUUAAUUAGUGACUUGAGAGCUCUUGGCGUUAGCAGUGAGAGAUUUGAUUGUAAAGACCUUGAAAAUAAAAAACCUGCUGAUAUCAUGCGACCAGUCAGUCCUCUGAAAGCAAGGUUAGCAUUCACCGGGGACUGUGAUACAUUGUGGAAGAACUGUGAAAAUCUGGUAAAUCGAAUGUGCCAUAUUGAAAGCGUAAUGCAGACACUAAAGCUCAGUGUCUUUCGAAUGCAGACUGAAAUGAAACUGAGUCCAAGGCACACAGCUGAGCUUGAACAGCGACUGAAUGAGGUUCAGGAGGAGUAUUCUCUAGAGAUAAGAGAUGCACAGUUGCAAAUCAUGAGGCUACGGCAAAGACUAAGCAGUGAGACUGAGAAGCGGGAGAGAGAAGAGGCAGCAAAAGAGAGGCUGAGUGCUGCUCUGGAGAUUGCAACAGCGACCAAGACUGAUGUGGCAAUAGCUGCCGAGGAGAUGAAAGCUACAAAACUUCGUAUGAACCAAAGACUGAGGGAGUUACAGGAGCAGCUUUCCCAUGAAAUUGCUUUACGGUCUUUAUUAGAGGAGGAACAGGCAGUUAUGCUGAAAAAUGUGCAUGACAUGAAGCAAGUGGUAGAAGAUGAAAGAGCUCAGGUGCAAGAGCUUCAGCAGGACUGUCAGCAAUUGCGCAAUGAUGGGCAAGAAGUGAGAGAAAGACUUCAGCAGCAGGAGGAGAAAAUAGUCAAACUGGAACAAUUAAAAAUGCAGCUCCAGGCUGACUUAGAAGAAGGAAACUCUGUCAUCAGUCGGCUGCAUGAGGAAGUCAAGAGCAAGCAGAAAUGUUGUGAUGCACAGCAGACUGAGCUUAAAGUAAUACAAGCUGAUUCUGUGGCUCUACGGGAAGCAGCGGAAAAAGUUCAGUCUUUGAACCAACAGCUGGAAAUUCAGUGCUCAGAACUCACAACUGCUGUCCAGAAACUUACAGCAAAGAAUGUCCAGCUUCUGGCCACACACAAGCAGGAAAUCAAGGCACAACAGGAGACUUUUACACUCAAAAUACAGGAACAGGAGAUGAUGCUGACUGCUGCCAAAGAAGCCCUGACAGCAGAGAUUCAGGACCUGCAAACUCACAGGACCCAACUUGAGAGAGAAUUGGAAGUGCUUCGUGCUGAGCACACAACAUGCCAGAAGAAGGCAAUACAUACAGAACAGAAAACAGCCACACAGAGGGACUUGCAGGACUCAACUAUUGCGCGUUUGAGGGGUGACCUGGAGUCAUCCUUGAAAGAAAAAGUCAUUUUAGAGAAUGAGAGAGAUUCACUACAAAAUAAGCUGGGCAAAGCUCUAAAUGAAUUCAAAGAGAAGAAACAAAAUCUAGAGGUUGAAUUGGCUGAAAAAAAGCUGGAAUUGGAGUCUGUGCAAAGCACACUGCUAGCUCAGGAGCAAGAGAACAGGAGACUUCUGGAUCGUGUGGCUACACUGGAGCAGAGUCAGAAUGCUCAGAGUCAGGUCGAGGUGUUACUUCAUGAACUCAUGGACAGCAAAAAUAAGCUGGCAUAUGAAAAAGGCAAACUACAGAGCACAGUAGAGCAGUUAAAGUCAGAGUUGCAGUCUUUCUGUGAUGCUCAGUCUGAAAACUCUCAGCUCCGUAAACGUAACACUGCACUUGAAACAAAGUACACUCAGGUAAACACAGAUUUAGGCUCAUGUCGAAUUCAGCUGCAAAGGAUGGAAUCCAAACUCCAGCAGACUCAGAGUUUUCUUCUUCGUAAGGAGAAUGACUUUACACUAGCUGUCCAGGUAAGAGAUGAAGCACUGAGAGAAGAAAAAAAGCUAAGAGCCCUUGUCGAAGCUGCAGAAGAAAGAGAGAAGCAAAAUAGGCUGUCUAUGCAACAGCAGCUUUGUGAUAUGCAAGAGGAAAGGAACAGAAUUUCAAGUACACUGGAGAAAGUACUGUUUUCCCACACACAGCUUCAGCAAGACUUAGAAAAAUUACAGACAGAACUUGGGCGGAGAGACUGUGAAAUUGCAGCACUGCUUAGGGACAGAACCCAAAGUCAAAAAGAGAUACAGAAACUACAGGCUGAACUUUCAGAGUAUCAAACCAGACUUCUGUCUAUUGACACCCAUCAAAGUGGUCAGCUGGAUCCUUUGCACCGUGCAAUAGAGGAAGCUCGCAAAGAUAAUGGCACCCUUGCUCGUAGUCUGGACCAAGCUCUACAGGAGAAUUCCAUCUUACAGGGCCAUGUGAGAGAACUAAAGAAGGAACUUCAGAGUAAGAUGGAAGAGCUGGACAGGUUAAGACAAACUGAGCAAAAUACCAAAGAAGAAGCACAUAUAUGUGAAGAGAAGGUGGAAGCCCUUAAAAGGCAGCACCAGAUCAAUCUUGCAGCAUCAAAAAAAGCAUCAAGGAAGGAGGUUACAGAGUUAAAAAAGGCCUUAGACAGCGCUACUGCAAAAUCAGCCGAACUUUCCCAAAGCAACAGAGAACUUCGACGUAGACAGUCUGCAUUGAAACAAUCAGCAGUAGAACAAAGGGAGCAGAUCGAUCACCUAAAAACACAGCUAACAUCUCACCUAGAGAGCAAAGCAUGCCACAGACAGUCUGAGAAAAUACAAGAGAUACAGACUCAACUGAAACACUUAAAACAAGUAAAGGAGGAAUAUGAGAAACGGAAUAAGGAACAGUCCCAGCACAUACAAGAAUUUCUUGCUGAAGUGAGCAGUCUGCGGGCAGAGAUGGCUACUGAUUCACAUAAAACACAGGAGUGUAUGCUGCGCAGUGAGCUGGAGAAGGAGAUGCAGCUCAGAAUGGAGCUGGAUGAUAAGUGCAAGGGGUUGGAAGAGAGAGUGCAGGCAUUGCAAGAAGAAAAAGAGGUAAUGAAGCAGAAAUUGCGGGAUGCUAGUGCCGAAUCUGAACAAAUUAGCCUUAAUCUUGAAGAGGCUCACAACUGGUUCCACUCCAGAUUUGAGGAACGACAGACAGAGCUUUUAAAAAACAGACAGAAGAAGAAAAGCCAGCCUUCAAUAGGAUGCAGUGAAGUGCCUCCCGAUGCAGCGGUGAGCCUUUGGAAGACCAAACAGGAGUUAAAACUGAUGUCAAGAUAUGAUCCCACUGGAGUAAGACAUGGAGAAAGUAACUAAAAUCAAGGAGCAAAUAAUUGUAUAACGCUUAUCUUUUAAAGGGACCUAAAGCCAGGUAUUCGCCACAGAUGAUCUGGCCAAUUUACAAUUCUGGGCACAAAACAACAAGAUAUAGAGAAUGAACACAAUAGACUGUGAAAAACUUGAAAAGAUCACUGCAUCAUGUAACUGUCUUGGAAACUAAUUAAAUAUAGAUAGCUUUGUGCUAUGUGUAUUAUAUGCUCACAUUCAGUUACCCUUGUUGUAGUUUACAGGACACUAUUUGCCUGCAACUUACAGGAGAUGGACCAAAUAUUUACACGUUCACAUUAAGCCUUUAACUGCUGGGAUUUGUGGUGUCUUCAAAUAGAGUGGCAUCAACAUAGAUUUUACAUUUCAA